AUUCUAGUUACAGCUUACAAACAGCUUUAUCCUUACUUUUAUCGCAAACUACCCCUUCGAAUCUACUGGGUUACCUGGAGCCUCCAUCCCCGUCAUCGGCAAUCACAAUUAUGUCUUCCAAGCCCAGUUCCGAACUCACCGGCCAGCUUAGAAUUUCCGGCCUUGAUUCCGCCGGGAAAAAUGGACCGGCUUUUGUUGGCCAGGUUUUCAGUAUGUGCAACCUUUCAGGCACUGGUCUUAUGGCUGUCUCUACGCACUUCAACGUCCCUUUUAUUUCUAAAAUGACACCUGAAUGGCUUAAGAAGAUGGUUGGUGCCCUUACUAAGACCGAUAGAAAUGGACCUGUGUUCCGGUUUUUUAUGGAUCUGGGUGAUGCAGUUUCUUAUGUCAAACGGAUGAAUAUUCCUAAUGGCGUGGUUGGUGCAUGCCGCCUUGAUUUGGCAUAUGAUCAAUUUAAGGAAAAACCUGACUUAUUCCAAUUUGUUCCAAAUAAAAAGCAAGUCAAGGAAGCCAAUAAGCUUCUCAAUACGAUGCCACAAAAAGGUCAAAGGAACCGUGUGGAUGGUGUUCCGGUUUUUAGUUCUCAAAACCUGGAUGUUGCAAUAGCAACAAAAGAUGGUAUAAAAUGGUACACUCCAUACUUCUUUGAUAAAAGGAUGUUAGACAACAUCCUUGAAGAUUCUGUUGAUCAGCAUUUCCAUUCACUGAUUCAUUCAAGGCACCUAGAACGCAGGCAGGAUGUUUUUGAUGACAAUGCCACUUCUGAAAUAGUAGAAGAGAUGAGAGACGGCCUAUGGGAACUUCCAGAGGUUCUGGAAGCAAUGGAAGAAGUGGACCUUCCAGAAAUUCCAUGGAGUGUGAUUUCUAAAGCUGCCGAAAUUCCGCUCCUGCAUGCCGUUGACAAAGCUGUACUGGGGAACAGAUGGCUCCGUAAAGCAAUCGGGAUUCAGCCCAAAUUUCCUUACAUGGUUGACUCUUUUGAACGAAGGAGUUUGCGUUCCUUAGAGAGAGCAUCACAAUCACCCAACACAUCGGAUUCAGCGUCACACUUAAAACUCAUUGGGGACAAAAUGGAUUGCGUUCCCAAUAAGCAACGGGAAAUGGAGAGAAAUGAGGCUCCUUCUCAUCAUCAUCAUCCACAUGCAUUUCUUCCGAAUAUUACGAUGAUAGGAGUGUCGCUGGUGGAGGGUGACAAGGAGAGCAAAGACGCGCUGAAGAAGAGUGUGGAAGAUCUGACAGUAGAAUUGGAGUGCACUAACCGGAGAAACGGCUAUGAGAUUUUUAACCCUGAAGAGAGGGACCCUCUUUUUGUAGCCAAUGUCGGUCGCAAACACAGCUUGAACAACAAUUUGAAGCCGUUCCAGGAUUGCUAACCAAAGAAGAAGAUGCAAAUGCUGACUCCUGUUAUCUACUACUGUAAUACAUACAGCUAGUUUAUUGGAUGCCCUCCAUCCUGAAUUUCUCUGUCUAGCUUAUUUUUUUAAUCAAACGCAAUGAUAUAUUAGUUACAUUGUACUCUACAUUUAUAUAAAAAUAAAUUUAUUAGAUUUGU